AUGUUGCCUCAUUUUCAUCACUCUCCUGCUUUCGCUCGCAAGCUCAAGUCCUCCUUCUGCUGUUUCCAUGGCUUCCAACAGGACGACUUCCUCGACUCCCCCUCCAAGUCGCCCACGAAAUCCCCAUGUUCCUGGUUCAAAUCUACCGUCGGCGAAUUCAGAGGAAUACUUGCCCGGUGCCGCUAUCUCCUCGCUCGUAUCGCUCGCCGGAGGAAAAGGUACCUCGCCUCCGUCGACUUUACCUACGAUUCCUCCAGUUAUGCCCUAAAUUUUGACGACGAUUGCCGUGAAGACGAUGAGUUCCCGUUCAGAGAUUUUACGGCAAGAUUCCCCCCGCCGAUCAAGGAGCGUGCUCCCGCGGCGAAAUUCGCCGGUUCUGAAGAUGGAAUCUCGGUUGAAUGA